ACGUUUCUGUUGGUCAUUCUCGAUGCGAUGCUAAUGAUGAGUUUGUACCUGAUGAGGAUGAUCAGCCCGCCCAUAAGACUUUGGCUAGUGGUAGGAAGAAAAGAGCCGCUUCAACCUCUGUCUCCUACAAGGACUACGAUUUGGAUGAAAUUGAGGAAGAUGCGCCAAGAAAGAAGCGUGGGAAGACAUUAACUCCGAAGACUAUAGAAGCAUCGGCAAGCUCUUCAAAACCAACAAAGGCUGUCAUUACAAGAGCCAAGCGAUCUCCUGGUAAGACAAAAGAAGUAGAAAAAAACGGUCCGAUGAAUGCAAUUUACAUUGACACGGAUGAUGAAGUUGAAGAGACGGAGAUUGCACAAGUCGAAACUACCAAGCCUGUCCAAACUCAAAAGGCAUCUGAUAAUCAAGAUAAUAAGCUUAAGCGAUUAUUGCAAAGCAAGGACAGCCAAUUGGUCCAAGUAAACUUCAGGCAAUUAAUCCCGGAAUGGCUGGCUGCUUUUUCAGAAAAGGAUAAGCAAGAGCUUGCCUUGCUCCUUCCCGAGGCUGAUCAAGUCCUUAAGAACAAGAAGAUUACGAUUAGGCCAGACUUUGGAAAAGUGGCUACCAAUCAUUGUUACGAAGCUGCCGAAAAGUGGCAGGAUAUUUUGUUCUUGGGUGGCUUCGAUCCAGACAACAAGCCUGAAACUGUAAAUGCUGAGGACGACAGCUUUAAAGAUGAAAAUUAUGAACAGCAUUGGGGCGAUCGUAUCAAAGAAUUUAAUGAGGAAAAAAGAAAGCGUGAGGAGACCGAUGUUGGCCGCUCGAACGUAAAGAAAGCCAAAGGAAAGGGCAAGUCCUCGUGGUAACCCACAUAUGUAAAACCACACACACACAUACACAUACACAUACACACACACACACACACACACACACACACACACUCAAGUUAACUGUUUCGGGUUAUUUAUAUAAAUAAAAAAAUUAUUAUUGUUUCAAA